AUUUAAAUCUUCUUUCUAAAACACGAGAUUAAAAGCCUUCAUUACCAAUAAUUAAGUAGAAGAUGAAGCAAGCUCUAUUUUCCUUGUCACUACUUCUAGUCCUCUUGAUUUCUUCCUUGAAUUCUUCAGUCACAAUGGCACAGGCACCUGCAUCAGCACCAUCGCCUCAGGCUCCAGAUUGCUGUGACUCAACCCUAGAUGACAUAACCAGAAUCCUUGAAAAGGAAAAACACAUUGAUAGUCCUAACCAUGCUGCUGAAAAUAACAGAGAGCAUGAAGAGCAUCAACAAAGAGCUUAUAGCAGCCAAGAAUUUGCCCCAUCAAUAAUCAUAUUCAAUAAUAACAUGAACAUAAUAAACAUGAAGCAAUCACUCUUAUCAAACCCAUUAGCACUAGUACUAAUAUCUUCCCUCAUGUGUUCUACCACCUUAGCUGCUCUCUCACCAGUCCCACUACCAACCUCCGCCGUGGACAUCCUUGGAAUCCUAACAAGAGGCGGAUCCUUUAACACCUUCAUCAGGCUCAUGAAAACCACACAAUUGAUCAACCAACUCACCUCACAGCUCAUAACCAUUAAAUCCGGUGGCCUAACCAUUUUCGCCCCGGAGGACGCCGCCUUCUCCCAACUCAAACCAGGGUUCCUCAACAUGCUUUCGAAUGCGCAAAAGCUUGAGCUCGUUCAGUUCCAUGUUCUCCCUGAAUUCGUCCCCAGCUCCAACUUUAAUACGUUAACUAACCCUGUUAGAACACUAGCCGGUGCUAAACAAGGGAAAGUUGAACUAAACGUGAUCAGUUAUGGUGGAAGUGUCAACAUUUCAACGGGUGAAGUUAACACCACCAUCAAUGGGAUCAUAUACACGGAUAACCAUCUUGCAAUAUAUAAAGUUGCUAAGGUGCUUCUCCCAUCCGACUUCUUCCCCACCAAGAUUGCUGCCGCGCCGGCACCUACUCUGGCGCCGGCACCGGCAGUCGAGGUAGCGAAGGCGCCGAAACCUGAUAAGGAGAAGCCGUUAGACGACAAUUCGGAACCGUCGUCGACACAGGUUGUUCCGUCUAAGACGUCUGCAUCUACGAAAAGUAGAGAGGUUUCCGCUGUGUUUAUGGUCAUGCUAAUAAUAUUGAUCGCAUAAACUAUAUAACAUGUAAAUGAAGCUGUGUUUACGCAUUGUUUCUAAUGGAGCGUUGUGAUAUGUUUUUUGUU